AACUCCAAAAAUCGCAUUUUUCUGCUUCAAAAUCAACAUUAUGUAUCCGAAACGAGCAUUUCAUCCCCAACUUCGCUUUUUCAGCCCCAAAAAAAUCCUCAUUUUUAACCCCAAAAUCCCCAUUUGAAACCCCAGGUCUUCCCCAAAUUCCCAUUUUUUCACCCCAAAGCCGCUCGUCGCAUCCCUGAGCCCACUCUUGUACCCCAAAUCUCCGCUUUUAACUCCCAAACUCUCCUUUUUCAGCCCCAAAACUCUCGAUUUUUUUCCCAAAUUCCUCAUUUUUAGUCCCAAAAUCGUCGCUUUUAAUCCCAAACCCCUUCGCGCCGGCAUCGCCCUUUUAAGAGCGGUCCCGGUAACGUUAUCGCCGCUUUAAAUUAAAAAAAAAAAAAAAAACAAAACACCAUAGAUGAGUCCUCCCGGAUGCCCAGCGCGCCUCCAGUCCCCGCCCACUUCCGGCGGCGCUCCGCCCCACUUCCGCCUUUCUCACCUUUCCAAAAUGGCGGCGCCCGCGCUGGAGCAGCUCCUCACGGAGCUCCUGGAGCCCGACAGCGCCGGGAUUCGUCAGGCCACGGCGAGGCUGCGGGAGGCGCUGGAGGAGCCCGAGACGGGUGAAGGCCUCGUGGUGCUGCUGAAGGAGGCGGAAAGGCCGCAGGUCCGACAUUUGGCGGCCAUUUUGCUGCGGAAGCUCCUGCGGAAACUCCCUGAUGAUUUGAUUGACAGGCUCCCCCAAGCCGUGGUCGAGGCCUUGGAGCGCGACAACGAUGUCUCGAGCUGGGGGUCCCUGGCUCAGCUCGGGGCGCGGCUGCUGCUCCUGGGGGGACCCAAAUUUUGGGAACCGAUGGAGAAAUGGAUGCGGGAGGCAGCGAGGGAGCCCCAAAAAAUGGAGGGAGCGCUGCGGUUCCUGGGCGUGGCCGCGGGCGUGGCCGGCCCCGCCCUUUCCGGUUGUGGCCCCGCCCCUCUGACGCUGCUGAGGGCGGGGCUUGGAGCUGGGAAGGGCGCGGGAACGCUGGGAGCGGCACUGGGAGCACUGGGAGCACUGGUGGGAGCCGGGGGAGGGGUUUGGCUGCGUUCGCUGCUGCCGGAGGCGCUCGGGGCCCUGCGGGAGCUGCUGCGCUCGGAGCAGGUCAGGUCGGUGCUGACGCUUGGAGGUUCUGGAUGA